AUGCUCUUUCAAGCUCUAUGGGUCAUCAUUCUUCUCUCUAGCAUUCGCUGGAUGCCCGAGUCCCCACGGUGGCUUAUGAUGCAAGAUCGCCAUGAAGAGGCCGAGAAAGUCCUCGCUAAACUCCAUAUGCCAGACGAAGCACGAGUCGAGGCCAUCCAGAUCCGACAGUCGAUCGAAUCUGACCGCCACCUCACCAUCUUCUGGUGGUCCAUGAUCGCCAAGAAGAGCUAUCAAAAACGCACAUUCCUAGCCAUCGGCAUGGUUUUAUCUAUUCAUACAUCAGGUAUUCUCGUUGUCAACAACUACGGGCCGACCAUCUAUGGUUCCCUCGGCUUUGAUACCAACAAACAACUCAUCUACCAGAUGGGGUGGUGCUUCGUUGCUCUAGGGACGGGAUUCAUGUCCUUUUUCAUCAUCGAUCGGUUCCUACGGAAUAAGCUACUAGCCUUUGGUGUGGGAGGCUGUGCUUGCUGUCUUACGAUUGUGUGUGCGCUGAUCGGGAACUACGCAACGCCCGAGGCCUUGGAGCACCCGAACCGCACUGCGCUCAACGCUGUCAUUGCAUUCAUUUACUUGCUCAAUUGUUUCUAUCAGCUUGGUUUGGAUGGGGUCCAAUUCGCGUUCCUGGGAGAGAUAUUUCCGAAUCAAAUCCGAGCAAAGGGUAUGGUUGUUGGCGUUGCAACGAUUUGUGCUAUCAACAUUCUCUGGCUACAAGUCGCACCAGUAGCCUUCAAAACGAUUGACUUUUAUUUUUACAUGGUUUUCUUCAUCCCGGGCUUUAUCUGCACGGCAAUCCUGUGGUUCAUGUACCCGGAUACGCUGGGAAUUCCACUGGAAGACAUUGCACGGAUGUUUGGGGACCACGACGAAAUCUACGGCAGCGACACGGUACAGGUGGAUGAUGGGCUCAUAAAAGAUGUUGCAGAAGUUGAAGAGAAGGAUUUUCAUACCAGCCAUGUCGAGGACAAAGUGUGA